UCACACAGAGAAAGUAAGAAGGGUAAUCCAGUGCAAAUGAGGACUGAGUCAUGGCACAAGAAGAAAUAAAGAAAAGGAGUGGAGCAUAAAAAGUCAAGAUAGCCAGAGUGUGUGUGUCAAGCUUUUAAAAGCCGACUGAACCCUGGAUGAAUGAAGGAGGGGCAGGGAAUAUAGAGGAUGUGUCGUCCAUUAGGAAGCAAGGGACAGCGGUCAGUAAAGGACACUCAGAACUCCACCUCCUCCCUGUGCCGAGAAGGAACUUGCGCGUGGUAAUGAGUGGGUCUAAAUCCACUAGCAGCUGAACCAGUGUGCCAGCCUGCAACUGUACGUCUCUGCCACAGCACAGCAGCGCUGCAGAGGAUUUGGCAGCACAGAGGAUCUGCCAGAGCGUGCACAGAUUUUGGGGUGGGGUAAACUCAGAUGGACACUCUGCUGCAACAGUCUGGAGAUGGGUAGAAGAGGAGGAAGAAGAGCAAGGAGUAUUUGAAUCUGACUUUUUGAAUCUCCAGAGUUUCUGAGUAAGGGGGCAGAUAAGGUGCACACGUGGGGAGGGGUGGACAGAAGUAGGGGGCAGGUGUGGAUACGACAGCCCUCUGCUCACUCUUUCAUCAAGGAUCCCUGCUGUCCUCGUUAUCUGCUCUGCACCUUUUGGUGGUCCACAACCCUGUGGGCCAAGUCUGCAGGCAUGGACCGAGGCUGAGUAGAUGCUGCUGCCUGACAGGGAGUCUGUGAGACGGCCGUCAGUUCCUCCACUCCCUGGUCCCCUUCAUGCCGUGCUGUGGUCUGGGCCAUCGCCGGAGAGCAGAGCUUCCAUAUGGUUCGGCCGACUCCUACACCAGCCGUCCAUCAGACUCCGAUGUGUCCCUGGAGGAAGAUAAGGAGGCAGUGCGCAGAGAGGCAGAGCGACAGGCUCAGGCACAGCUUGACAAGGCCAAGACCAAACCAGUUGCAUUUGCCGUCCGCACAAAUGUCAGCUACAGCCCGAGUCACGACGAUGAUGUCCCUGUGCCAGGCAUGGCCGUCUCCUUUGAGGCUAAAGACUUCCUCCAUGUCAAAGAGAAGUACAACAAUGACUGGUGGAUAGGACGCCUGGUGAAAGAAGGCUGUGAAAUCGGUUUCAUCCCCAGUCCAGUGAAGCUUGAAAACACUCGUAUCCUCCAGGAGCAGAGAGCCAAGCAGGGCAAGUUCCACUCCAGUAAAUUGGGAGCAAACUCAUCAUCUAGUUUAGGUGAAGUUGUUCCUAACUCACGGAAAUCUACUCCUCCUUCAUCUGCCAUUGACAUAGACGCCACAGGCUUAGACCCCGAGGACAAUGAGCUUCCAGUCAACCUGCGCUCCCCUAAAGCCAGUCCAAACACUGUCAUGUCACCCCUAGCAAAAGAGAAACGAAUGCCCUUCUUUAAGAAGACGGAGCACAUUCCUCCGUACGACGUUGUGCCUUCCAUGCGGCCCGUGGUUCUGGUUGGACCGUCACUGAAGGGCUACGAGGUGACAGACAUGAUGCAAAAAGCGCUGUUUGACUUUUUGAAACACAGAUUUGAGGGAAGAAUAUCAAUCACUCGCGUCACGGCGGACAUCUCUCUUGCCAAACGCUCAGUCCUGAACAAUCCCAGCAAGCACGCCAUCAUCGAACGCUCCAACACACGCUCAAACUUGGCUGAAGUCCAGAGUGAGAUCGAGCGGAUUUUUGAAUUGGCGCGGACGUUACAGCUGGUGGUUCUGGACGCCGAUACCAUCAACCACCCGUCACAGCUGGGGAAGACUUCCCUCGCCCCCAUCAUUGUCUACGUCAAGAUCACCUCACCCAAGGUGUUACAGCGGCUCAUCAAGUCCAGAGGCAAGUCUCAGGCCAAACACCUCAAUGUCCAGAUGGUGGCCGCCGACAAGCUGGCUCAGUGCCCUCCUGAAAUGUUUGACAUCAUUCUUGAUGAGAACCAGCUGGAGGACGCAUGUGAGCAUAUGGCCGAUUACCUGGAGGCCUACUGGAAAAGCACUCACCCCACCAGCUGCAGCCCCCCUGACCCAGUGCUAGCAAAGCUACCCACAGCCAGCCUGCCCUCCAGCACGGCCCCGGUCUCUGGCGUGCAGGGAAACAGUACAGAGCAGAAGGGAGAUAAAGUGGAGAGGAAAGGCUCCAAAGAGGAUUACCAGCACCACCAUCACCGUCACCACCAUCAUCACCACCACCAGAGCCUGGACCAGGGCGACGCUGACGCAGAGGGGGAGGGGGAGGGGGAGGGCAACGAGGAGGAGAGGCCUCUUAGGACAGAGUCAUCCAGGAGAUCCCAGCACGUCCACCACCGGUCAUCUUCUACCAGGACUGAGCACCACAACCACCAUCACCACCACCACCAUCACAGCAGUAAAGCCAGGGGCCUCUCCCGGCAAGAGACUUUGGACUCUGAGACCCCCGAGAGCAGGGAGAGCCGAGAAAGCCGAGAGAGCAAGGACUCGGCUUGUACUGAGCCGCACACUCAGCGUCUCCAGCAGGAAGAGGAGGACGAUGAGGAUCAAGGGGAGGGGCAUCCCCAGCUGCAACAGCGUUACGAGCCACUGCCCCACCGGGACCACAACCACCAUCACCACCACCACCAUCACCGCAGCGGGGCGGAGGAGGCCGGUCACAGCACGGGACACCAGCGCUCCAAAGAGCGCGAACAGGACCACAACGAGCGCAACAAGCAGCGCUCUCACCACCACCACCGGCCGGCACGCGACCACCACCAUCACUACUACGACCGGGACAGGGAGAGGGACAGAGAAGGGGAGGUAGCUCCAAAAAAGAGGGGUGAGGCAGGGGAAUGGGCCAGAGACUCGUACAUCCACCAGUGACAGACCAGAACCCCUCCCACGGCCCUCCUGGACUCUGUUCUGUCCUCCCAUCGUGCUGCUAUACCCUAAAAAACCACAGCAUCCUAUUUAUGUACACUUCUUUGUAAAUGCUGUUGCAUCUUUUUCAAUGGCAGGAUUUUGAUUACAUAGAUACAAAUAUAAAUAUAUGAAUAUAUGUAUGUGUGUAUCUAUGCAUAGACGUUGUUUAUGUGUGGAUAUGCAUGAAUAUUCUCAAAUAUGCAUAUUUUAAACCUGUGUUUGAUAAAGCAUGACACAAAAGCAGAAUUUUUUUCUGUACUGAGCUGUGCUUUCUGUGAUUAGCAUUAUAAUUUUUAUUGUUUCUAAUAUUAUUAUUAUUAUUAUUAUUAUUAAGUUUUAUUGCUUGCUACCACUUGAAUCAUUUGUUCCUUCAGACUACUGCGAGGGUUGACCAGCCAUCAUACUUUGAUGUUGUAGUUGCAGAAUAGUUUGACACUUUGGGAAAUAACACUUGUUAUUUGCUUGUCUAGACUUACAUAGUUGCCAGUUUAUUAGGUACACCUAAUGAGCAUGGCAUUAAAUAAUCUGGGUGGAGGUGAUAGUGUUCAGUUUUUGUUGAAGCUUUUUAUUCAUUGAAUGUGUUAAUUCGAUUUUCAGAGAGUAUAGUUGAAGUCUGUUGAUUUUAUUUGAUGUACCUAUUGUUUUGGUCACAGUACUGAUGAGAUACCAUCAAAGGGUUCCAUAACACUUCCUAUAAUUACAUUGAAAACUGUUGAAGCUACUCGUUUUCUAAGUAGUCUGCUUGUACAUCUCUGGACCGCUUUCAGAGCUCCUCCUGUUUUUAGGUCACUUGAGACCUUGCACAUUUGCGCUGAUUUAACCACAAACCUCAAAAGAGCUUCUGUUUUAAACAGAUUAGCUCUAAGGUUUAUCAUGAUUGUAACUCAUCGUGAUAAUUAGCUUUCAGGCUACAACCAAGCAACCAAACAGCAGUUUUCAGUGGAAGAGUGGCAGUGCUUUAGGUCAGGACCAUGCUCGUUUUUCUCUUUGUAUUUUCAAGAUUCACAUAGUUGUCAGUUUAUCCACCAGGACCAGACUGUUUUACGAAUCUUCUGAGGCACGCAUUUGUGGGGAGAGAACCUGAAUGGUGGCCUGUACCAUCUAUAUCUAUAAAUGUCCUACUACAAAUAGUCAGAAAUAGACUUAAAAUAGCAGCAGUUCUUGAAGUGAUCAAGGGGUCCACAAGGACUGGACAAAACGGCAGACACAAAUCCCUUUUGGGGUUGUGUCAAGAAGAAAAUCCAGUAUAAAAACUCUACCAAAUGUACCCACUGUGAAUAAGAGAUCAGCCAAGCGUAGCGUUUCUAAGAAGCAGAACAGCUUUCAGUCCUUUAGUAAGCAUAAAUCAAAGAUUUGAUAAUAAUAAAGUUGAAUCAAUGACUGUUUUAAUUCAAAAAUAACUGAAUACUAUACUCUUCAUAAAUGCAGCACUGUUAUAUCAGACUGCAUUGAUUUUUAGCGGGUGAAAAGCUUGAUACCACUCUGAUAUCUGUAGGAGUGUAGAGCCAACAGCAGGUUAGCUUAGCACAAAUAAACAGGAGGAAAGAGCUCAUGUGAACAGUUUCUCUGAAGGUAAAAACCACCUACCAGCACCUCUAAAAGCUCAACAAUUACCAUUUUGUGUUGGUGAAAUCUGUACAAACCCUACAAAUAACAGGUUGUGGCAUUACUGGGGGAGGGGGAUUCAUAUAUGAGAGUGGUAUCGCUCUAACUCUAACAGCGUAUUUCCCAAAGUGUCAAACUACUCGUUUUAAUUGUAUGUUCAUCACUUACUGCUUAGUUUCUUUUUUUGAUUCCACGGGUUUUAGAUGUUACGUUUUAACAUAUUCAUGCCUUCUUGCAGGUGCACCUUAGUCUUGCCUUACAAGACAGACAAAGAGUUCUCCAGUAACUUCCUCUCAACACAUGCAGUACUGUUCUUUGUAUGGGUCCAGAAACAUUUUAUAACAUUGGAACAGGCUUUUUCACAUUGGUUUCAAGUGAAAGGGAUUUGAUAUAACAUUCCCACCAAAUCGUAGGUCCUGAUGAUUCAUCUUGGAUUAAUUCUGACCCCUUUUCUAAUGAAUUCCAUUUAAGUCCUACUUUGAUUUCUUAGUACAAACAAUGCUAAUUUUAGGAUAUGUUGUUCAGUGUGGGUAUUUCUGAAAUUCCAAAGAAACAAAAAUAAUUCCAAGUGUUUACCAGAUAAAUAUUGCCUUUAAGUUUUUGCCAUCUUUUCACUCUUCUGACUAAAAUACAGGAUCUAGUUAAUGGAUUUGGGGAUAUUUUACCUGCUCUGUAUGCCUGAGUCAACGACAUCAUCAAAACCUGAAUAGACUUUAGUUGAUCUUUGAGUCCGUGCACUCUGGCCCUCUGUUUACACACCAUCUCCUCACCUUUUUUUUUAAUGUUUUUUUUUUUGCCUGAUAAUUGUAAUUAUAAAAACUCGUCCAUUUCUAUGCUACAUUGGUAGCACUACAGAUUUUAUAACAGUGUACAUGUGUACAUAUUGCAUAAAUACGAAGAAUAAAGUUGGAAACAAACGAC